GCAUACUUCGACCUUUCAGACAAUAAAAAAACAUAACUAAAUCUUCAAUUGUCACUUUUACUUAAACAAAAUGGAAGCUUCCGAGUUCACUGAGUUAAUCCCCUCUCUUCCCCAAGAACUCGGCCUCGACUGCCUCUCUCGCCUCCCGUACGCCUCCCACUAUGUCGCCUCAGCAGUCUGCCGCCGCUGGCGUCAGUUGCUUCUCAGCAGAGAGUUUUACCACCACAGGAAGAAAUUUGGGCACACCCAUCAAGUAGCCUGCUUGGUCCAAGCUCUCAGUGCUCGGAAAAUUUCUGAUGAUGGGCGGAAACGGCGUGAAUCACUGAGUUACGGGCUUACCUUGUUUGACCCGGUGAGUCGAGUGUGGAGCCGGCUUGACCCGCUGCCCAAUUACCCAAAUGGAUUGCCCUUGUUUUGUCAGUUAGUGGGCUGCGAAGGAAAGCUCGUGGUCAUGGGUGGGUGGGAUCCGGUGAGUUAUGAACCGGUUUGUGAUGUGUUUGUGUAUGAUUUCACAUUGCAGAUAUGGAGGAAAGGCAAGAAUAUGCCCAUAAAAAUGUCCUUUUUCGCUGUUGGAUCUCAUUCGGGUCGCGUCUAUGUGGCAGGCGGGCACGACGAGAACAAGAACGCUUUGCGAACCGGGUGGGUCUACGACUUGAGACUCGACAUGUGGAACGAGCUGCCCCAAUUAAGUCAAGAGCGUGAUGAGUGCGAGGGAGUGGUGAUAGGGGAUGAGUAUUGGGUGGUAAGCGGGUAUGCAACCGAGAACCAAGGUGCAUUUGACGGAAGUGCCGAUGUAUACAACAUCGGGUCCGGUCAAUGGAAGCGGGUCGAAGGAGUCUGGGAGCCUGGUCGGUGCCCAAGAUCCAAUGUCGGAGUAGGCAAAGAUGGAAACCUGCUAAAUUGGUCAGAGUUAGACCCGGCAGUUCGGGCUGGAUCAUGCGGGAUCAUGCUGGGUAAUCGGGCACUGGUAACAGGGUCGGAAUAUCAAGGAGGUCCACAUGGGUUGUACAUGGUGGAAAUGGGGCCAGGGCGAAGUGUUAAAUUGGAGAAAAUAAAUGAGGGGGAUGACUAUUGUGGGUUUGUUCAAUCUGGUUGUUGUGUAGAAAUCUAAACACAGAUGAAUCAAGAUUCCAAUAUGUAAAGCUAUAAUUUUGGGUUACAAUUUGUGAAGCAUAGCAAUUAAUAUGUAUCAUAUAGAAGUUUCAAUUUUGCUUGAAAUUUUGAACAUUUAGAGUUGCAAGGUACUUGGGUUUGAGGUUUGUUCAUAGAAAUUUGUACUUGGGCUGCUCACUUUUGUUUCAAUGUAACAUGAUUUGCAUAAUUGAAGCUUGAAAAUUUUCUUUUGCUUC